CCAAAUUGAUGAUUCUGAAAUAACUUUCAGAGUAACAACCUCAGGGUUUAUCUCUUGGAAAACUCUCUCUUUAAUUUUGUGCAUGAGUACAUUGCAAGUUUGUUUUCACCUCCCUGACAUCCUGAACCUUCUUGGCGUUUGGAUCUCAAUAGCAGGUCUGGUGAGUCGAAAUCAUGUCCAGAUUGUGGGGCUGACUUGAGGAGAAACACGGCGUUCUCCCUCUGUAUUCGGCGAUGAAUUGGAUGUCCCUGAUUGCAUCGUUUGCAUCGGCAAGUAUGCUGAUACGGGGUUACUGCAACUGGUUGUAACAACUCGAAGUCGACUUCACGAAUCUAUGAUUCAUUUGUGAAUGCCGAGCACUCUGGAGACUUACUGAUUGAUAGCAAUCAUUAACAGGUGUACCGCUUGUCUCGGCCAAGCUUUGAUAUUUCCUUGCUGGUUUGCGAGGUUGACAAUCGCAGGCUUUCUGGAGUACCGCUCUUGCAAAGGAUUCCCAUCUAUUUCGGAUAAGUUGCAUGCAGCAUCUGCAAAGAAAUCGGAGUGAUGGCGAAGCGUAUAGGAGGUUCUGAUAGAGAGAAAGUAUUUGAGAAAGUAUUUGGGAUUCGUUUACUGGUGUCCGUCUGUUUACUGCUGAGCUUCGCAGUGAUUCUACUCCGAUUCAAAUCCCCGCAGGACAAUUAUCUAGGAUUUGGAUCGAUACAAGGUUCCCAAGCGAAGUAUAGUGAACCCAAGGUAGUCAAGGAAUGGCAGCUUCCGUCUAUAGUGGCAGACAGGGCUGCUGAGAAACUGAAUGAUUCGAGCUAUGGCUUACCUCGACGGUUUUUGCCAAUGGGCACUGCCACAUUCCUCUUUGUACACUUUUCAACAUACCGCGUGGCACCGAAGUCUUUCGCUACGAUUGGCCUUGGGCCCAAAGCAUUAUUCCUGUACUCUAAUCCCGCCUUCUUCUGCUCAUGGCAUCCUGCGAAGGAAGCCGCGCCAGUGAUCAAAACUAAUGGGACAUUUCUCCAGCCGGUUCCAACCCAUGUGAGUUACGGCAAGCAGUACACUGGCACUGCAGUUUAUUGUAACUUCGACACCCCCAUAGGAAACGAUGGAUCUGGAGGCCGUCUCGAGAUUCAGGUUACUCACGGGACGCAAGAUGCCUCGGGCCUCGAAGAUGUGAACUUCGUAGCGAAGGAGGAAGGAGCGGGCGAGUUCAACGCCUCUCUUUACCAGGAGCCUUAUCAGUACGACCAUGUCUACUGUGGGGCUCCGAUUUACGGUUCGAUCAACGCGCAGAGGAUCCGUGAAUGGAUUGCGUAUCAUGUCUGGUUUUUCGGUGAACGAACUCACUUUUACCUCUACGAUGCCGGAGGAUUCGAUGAACAAGUUCGCGCUGUGCUGCAGCCUUGGGUGAAACUAGGGGUUGUGAUAAUAAUGAAUAUCCGACAGGAAGCAAGAUUCAACUCCCACUAUCACAACCAGUUCGUCAUUCUAAAUGACUGCCUGUUUAGAGCGAAGUCAAUGGCAAAGUGGACCUGGUUCUUCGACGUCGAUGAGUACAUACACAGACCAGCAGGAUCCAACUUGAACGAGGUCAUUAAGAGGAUCGAGACAGAAAAUUUCUGGGGGAAGCGUCUGCAACGCGUGUCAAUUAAGCAGAUGUCCAUGGAUUACUCUCAUUGUCUUCGUGGUUCACAACCAAACAGCAAUGAAUGGGGAAUUAGCAAGAUGGUGUAUAGAAAAACUGAUGUUGGGGAAUACCCCGAUCGCAAAAACUUCGUUCUAUCAGACUCCUGUUUGGCGACGGGGCCGCACGAGCCUAUGGCCAUGAGCAUGCCGCCAGGAGCCAAUCAAACUCAUCACGUGACAAAAUGGGAAGGAGAGCUUCUGCAAUACUAUCAUUUCCAUGGUGCUAUUGGCAAGGCAGAAGGUGAGAUCUGUGUGGAUUUGCUAGACCCUGAUGUUAACGUCACAAGCUUCAACAACGUUACUCACCAGUUCGAUGACGCUCUUAAGAGCCUUGUGGAUGAUGUCAUGGCAUUCGAACACCGAAUGAUCAAUCAGGCAACCCAUACUUCGUAAAAUUGCAUUAUUUGUAGGUUAUAGCCCAUAGAGAAAGUGCACUGCUAUGUGUAGUCGAUGGGGACUUCCAGUUCCAUGAUUCAAAGCAGUGCCAUUUAUCAACACUUGAAUGUGAACGAAUUUUUAAAUUCGAUAACACCUGAAGUACAUGAUAGGACCACCUGGACAUAAUUUCUUAGCCCACGUAUUUACGAGAAUUAGUUUAGAGGAAGGAGAGAAAUACUGAUUAUUUAUUUUAGGAUGACUGAACGUGGGACUGGCGAUAUUAGUGAAUGGUUCCAGAUCAUGGACCAUCGCAGCAACAUGGAGCAACGUAUCCUAAGCCAUCCUUCUCAAACCUGAUAUUGGGACGAUCUCCGAUCGAGGUGCAAUUGUUGAUCAUAAAUAAAUAAGAACACUUAUGUGAAGAGCGCUUCGAAUA